AAAGCCUCCUCCUCCUCCGACCCCACCUACUCGAGCGAGUUCAGACACGAAGAAGAAACUUUACUUGACGUCUUUUGUUCUUUUAUACUAUUUUGUAUCAAUGAAUUGACAUCCACGUGAUCUGUUGCAUUAGUUUGUGAAUAUGAGUGAAGCAGAAGAGAAUGAUAUUUUGGAGCUGGACUCGGAGGCGGAGGAGGGGGACGUGGAGAUGAGUCUCAUGGCAGAAGUGGUUUAUUCUGAAGAGUUGCCAACGUACAAAUCUGUUCCUAAAGGUCAAGCUGCACCAAAAGUUGAACGGACGGAGUUCAAUGAUAAUCCAGAUUCAUUGUUUUUUAAUGAUGGAAAGAGACGGGUUGACUUUGUUUUAGUCUAUGAGGACGAGUCCAAAAUGACGUCUGGGAAAAAAGCUUCAAUCUACAAAAGAAAGCUGCGGAGGAGAGAAUGUUUCGAAGGAAAUUUGAUGAAUAUGGGUGUGGAAUUGGAAGCAACGCAAUCUGUGGUGGAUGAGAAAUUAUUUUUCGUGAAGGUGCACAUGCCCUUUGACCUCCUGUGUACGUACGCUGAGGUCAUGCACAUCAAACUGCCCAUUCAGCCCAAUGAUCUGGCCUCGAAAUCAAACUUCAUCACAAAGCUCUUGUACCCCGAGCAGGAGGUCCUCCUCAAAAAGACAAAGUUCUUCACCGCACCCUUCAGGAAAGAUCAACUGCAGUAUUUUUAUAUAAAGGACAGAGAGCAGUUCUUCACACCGGCCAUGAGGAGCAGGAUGGCGUAUUACAUCCUCAGUCGAGCUCCGUAUGAUGUCAAUGGAAAUGUUAGGAAGUUUGGCAUCUCUAAGCUGAUGGAUGGAGGCGUGUACAAGGCUGCGUACCCAUUACAUGAUUGCAGGUUUAAUGUGAAGUCGAAGGAGCCGGAUUGUCCCAAUGAAAGGUUUCUGCUGUAUAAUGAGUGGGCUCAUCCCAAGAGCUUCUACAAGAUGCAGCCUCUCAAUUUAAUAAGGAAGUAUUACGGAGAAAAGAUCGGUAUUUAUUUUGCCUGGCUGGGCUUCUAUACGGUCAUGUUAACUCUGGCUGCUGUGGUGGGACUCGGCUGUUUCAUUUAUGGAUUCGCAACUAGAGAGAGCAGCACGUGGAGCAAAGAGGUGUGUGACCCUUUGAUUGGUGGAAAUAUAAUCAUGUGCCCUCAGUGUGAUCAGGACUGUCCGUACUGGAGGCUGAACGUCACGUGUGAAUCUUCAAAAAGAUUGUGUAUAUUCGAUAACUAUGGGACGUUAGUGUUUGCUGUUUUCAUGUCAGUGUGGGUGACGCUGUUUCUGGAGUUCUGGAAACGGUACCAGGCCGAGCUGGAACAUGAAUGGGAUACGGUGGAAUACCUGCAGCAGGAGGAACAGCUGCGACCCGAAUACGAGGCCAAAUGUGUCUAUGAAAGACUGAACCCUGUUACGCAGACCCCAGAGAGGGUGCCAUACACCGCCUGCGGGAAAUGCAUGAGAGUAUCGUGUGGCAUCAGCACUGUGUUAUUCUGGGUUCUGUUGAUUAUAGCAUCAGUGGUCGGCGUGAUCGUGUACCGUCUGGCCAUGUUUAUCACUUUCUCCCAAAAGCUGCGCUCUGAUCUAAAGGACCUUGAGCCGUUUAAAGAGUACGUGACUCCUCAGAUGGCCACAUCCAUCUCGGCCUCCAUCAUCAGCCUCAUCAUCAUCAUGUUGCUCAACCACCUGUAUGAGAAAGUGGCCAUCUGGAUCACAGAUUUCGAGCUGCCGCGGACCAAAACGGAAUACGAGAACAGCCUGACGCUGAAGAUGUUCCUCUUUCAGUUCGUGAACUAUUACUCUUCCUGUUUCUACAUCGCUUUCUUCAAGGGAAAGGUGGUGGGAUAUCCAGGGAAACCUGUUUACUGGCUGGGAAAGUUUCGCAAUGAGGAGUGUGAUCCGGGCGGCUGUUUGACUGAACUCACCACACAACUGGCCAUCAUCAUGACCGGAAAAGCUGUCUGGAACAACAUACAGGAAGUCCUGCUGCCGUGGAUAAAGAAUCUGAUAUCGCGUCAUUGCACUCAGGUGGGUUCAGAGAAGGUGAUUCCACGCUGGGAACAGGACUAUCAGCUCCAGCCAAUGGGGAAGCUCGGUCUGUUUUAUGAAUAUCUGGAGAUGGUGAUCCAGUUUGGUUUUGUCACUCUGUUCGUGGCGUCUUUCCCGUUGGCUCCUCUCCUGGCGCUCUUCAAUAAUCUGUGUGAAAUCCGCAUUGACGCCUGGAAAAUCACCACUCAGUACCGUCGGAGGGUUCCCGAAAAAGCCCAAGACAUUGGAGCGUGGCAGCCGAUCCUGCAGGGGGUGGCCAUUCUAGCGGUGGCUACAAAUGCUGCCAUUAUCGCGUUCACCUCUGACAUGAUUCCACGGCUUGUGUAUUACUGGGGCUUUUCUGUGAGUCCCUAUUCCAACAGCUCUAUGCACACUAUGGAGGGCUUCAUCAACAGUUCACUGUCUGUCUUUAACGCAGCAGACUUCACAAAAAAGAGCAGACCAAAUGAUGAAAUCCUCAGGGCCAGCAAUGUCAGCAUGUGCAGGUAUCGAGAUUUCAGGAAUCCUCCGGGUCACUGGUAUGAGUAUGACUUCAGUAUGCAGUACUGGCACGUUAUUGCUGCCAAACUGGCUUUCAUGAUCGUGGUGGAGCACAUUGUUUAUUUCACAAAGUUCAUCCUGUCCUACAUGAUUCCUGAUGUAUCUGAAGCUCUGAAGGAACAGAUCAAGCGACAGCGUUACGUGACGCAGGUGAUCCUGCAUGAAACCAACAUCAGACACUUCACUGAGCUCAUAAAACCCGUGGCGGAGAAAAUUCACGAUCAGGUCGACGAUCCAGAGCUGGACAUUGACUUUGAAGAUGCUUAAUGUCUGUGAAGUCAUUUCAUGCCAUACAUCAUCUUUAUCCCGACAGACUGACCGUGUCUUUAAACCUUUAAACAAACAUUGCUGAGAAUGUUUGCAUAGUCGUUUUCAUUUUCUUUCAGAGCGGCGUACAGGUAUUGCACCUGCACCUGCAGUAAAGUUCAUUCUUAAUAAUACAGAUUCAGCCCAGAUCUUCAAAUAUGGCCUAAUACGUUAAGACGUUUUUUAAAUAUCAAAAUCAUGCUGACAAAUCAAGAUUUAUAUUUUAUACAUUUUUUAAAAAACAGACCACUCAAAUAUAUUUUAACAUGCCUACAUUAACAAGUGUCUAUAAGUACCACUAUAAUGCUUUAGUUUGUACUUAAGGUCCAUUGUGUGUUUGAAGUGCAUCUGAGGUAAAUACCGUGGUAUACGACUAUGGUAAUAGUUCCGUACCCUACUAUACAUCAGAGUAAUAUGUUACAGCCAACUGAUAGAAUCACUGUACCAUCCAUGUUGAAACAAACAAUACAUCAGUAUUAUUCUAAUGGUUUCCAUAACAGAGACCAUUAUGACACAUCAGCUGUUUACCAUUAAAACCAGUACAGAAUUUAUGUAGUGUGUUUGGGUUUUAUUCCAGUAGGAUUUAAUGGUGUUCUGUUGGUUCCCAUCCACCGGAACCCAAUAGAUUAAAGACCUACAAACACCAUUAUAGUUUCCAUUAAAACCAAUACAAUUCCCAUUAUAACCAUUAAAUCCAGUAGAAUUUCUGUGAUGUUUUUUCAGCAGUAAUGGUACAGUAUUCUUCUGUUACAGUUUGUCUGGCAGCCACCUUAGAUGUCCUUCAACCGGUAAUUGAACUAACAUUGCAUGCUAACAAUGUUUACCAGUGUUACUGUUACUCUUUGUAAAAUUGUAUGUUUACAUAUAUACUGUACAUAAUACUUGUACAUGAAUUUUCCACAAAAUGUAUAUGUUUUCACAAAUAAAUGCUUUUGUU